AUCUAUCAGGCAACACGUUGCUUUGUGAUGUCAUCAUCUCGCUUCUGUUUCCUGACUCUUACCCACAAUGCACCUGCCAGGAAGCGUUGAAUUGCAGUUGGCGCGCCGCUGGAUGUAAACAGUCAACACGAGGAGACGCGGCGGAAGUGUUCUCACUCGCAGGUCAGUUCAGCUCCAGUCGUCCAUCUGUCCUCCCCGCUGACACUUCGACCAUGACAUCGACGCUACCCAACUCCAGAAUAAUGUUAACUCGAGGCGGCAGUGCGGAAGCAGCGGACUUUUAAGCGACCAUGUGCUAUUCUGUUGCGUUAUGGAGACACAACGCGUUGAAGAGCUGUAUAGAAAUCCCCGUUUAGUUUCCCUGUGUGGGAAGAUCAUCUUAUUUGAUCACAAGCGAGCUUCAGGCAAAAGCAACAGCAGAAAAAGUGAGUUAACAUUCCGCAGCUUGUCGUAUGAUCGGGGGAGCAACAAGUUCCUGAAGGAUGGAGCAGCUGUCAUCAGCAGGAAAACACCCGCCCACGUGGACAUCGUAAACUGCAAAUGUGCCUUAGACCUCCAGAGGAGAGUAACCACACCGUGUGUAGUAGUGGCACAGAGGGGGGAGAGAGGAGAUGGCUUCUUGUAUAGCCUGCUAACAAUGUGUGGCUCACACAGACUGGAGUCGUGCUUUGAGUUUAAGCUUCCUUAUCAGAUAAAGGGGGCUGCGUCCAUCCUCCAGGGCCCCACAGUGUUGUGGAGUCACGCUGGUUAUGUCUUCUAUACGUCUCCGCAGGCAGGAGAGGUGAAGCAGAUUCCCCUGCAGUUGUCCCACAGUGUGUUUGGAGAACUCCCCCUCCUCAGAGGUCAAGUAUUUGUUCUUGGGCUGAAAAAUGAGUGCGAUCAGCCCUCAGGCCAAACCCUGGGUUAUUUCCCUCAGAGUGGACAAGCUUUCGAUGGCUCUCUGAUUCUACCUCACCCCUACAUUGGAAUCACACGAUGCAUCUUGGCGCUCUCGGCCGAGGUAGUGGACGGGGCCCUGAAAUCUGCUGUGGUUGCAGCGACUUCUCACCAGCAGCUCGUUUAUUUCCAGAGUGGGGUUGUGAAAGACAUGUGUCCGCUCCCCUUCCAGCAGCCCGAAGACAUUCAGUUGGUCAACUGUGGAAGGAAUGGCUGCCUGUUGGUCAUAUCCUUCCACCAGGGAAAUGUUUGCGCUCUAUGGAAGGAAACAUUUCAGAUAGCCUGCCACUGGUCAGGUGUCAGCUCUGUCCAUGUGGAUGACUUCCUGGGAUGUGGAACAGACCAGAUCCUCUUGGUUUUUAAGGAUGAGAGAGUAACAGGACAGCCGCUAGACAAGUUCCUCAUCACAGACCUCUGUGGUAUUUCAUAUUCUCAUGGACAGGACACUGAUGAUCCAAAGCAAUCUUCUCCUCCACCAGAGAACAACCUUCUUACUCUUCAAGCCUUGGAGUCCAGACUACAGGUGAACAUCACUGCAUUA